AUGUUAGACAAUCUAGCUGGAACACAUGCAUUCAAAGAAUUCGAGGGAACGGUACCAUUUUUCCGAAAAGCUCAGAGGUCAGAAACUCCAUUGACGGCUUUCGAAUUUUUGUUAUCAUUCGAUGAAGAGAUGCUUUCGCUACGACGGGUUUUUACAGAUUUUUAUAAAAUGCUAGAACAAUUAUUGCUGCCAUUUCAGCCAAAGACUGAGAAUGGCGAUUUCGUGGUGAUGGAGGAAACUCUGGUCCCACCACGUUCUGAUCUCAAAGAGUUUACGGAUUUAUUAGCUUGUAAGCACAAUGUAUGGUAUCCAGUGGAGUCAGUUGAGGGUCUCCCGAAUAUGCCGGAUUUAUUUGCUUUGUGA